GGGCCUACCUAUAAGUUAUUAUUCUAUAAUGGUGCUACAUUAUAUAGGCUAUUUCCAAUAUCUAUUAUACAUACACCAGAUAUAUAUAUACUUAACUGUAGCCUACCCUUAAUUAAACUAUUUUGAUUACUGAUAAUUCAUUUAGCUGCUCUUUGGUAUAUGGGCCGCGGAAUCUAGCACCCACAUAUAAUACAUCGAUAGAGGAUAUCAAGACGAGUUUAACCUUUCCAAGGUAUCAACUCUUGAUUUAGCCUACUUGGUUGAAAGCCAAUCUGACUCCUGGACAAUAAUCCAUGUUCAUUGAAAUGGCUAAGGAGUGUAUUGCGGAUAAUCCCAGACCCUCAGAUACUGAAGAAAGUGACAUUUGAUUUGAUAAUUGGCUCUUGAAAAAUCAAUCAAAUAUGAGGAUGAACUAUCUGGUAUCAGCUUUUGCGUCAGCUCUUUUUCUCCAAUUCAUCUGCGGUUAUAAUUGUGAUGAUAUGAACAAAGCCAUAUUCAUCUCAUUGGAUAGUGAAAGAUGGACUGUCAGUAAUAGUUCGAGCUCAGUCAAACUCAAUGCAAUUGUGCCUGGAGGAAUAUAUACAGAUUUGAAAAAUGCAUAUAUUUUGAAGGAAAACUUUUUCUACAAGAACAAUGACAUCGAGUACAGAUGGGUGGGAAGAGAGGAUUGGUCUUACGUCACUUCUUUUCAAGUUGGACAUGAUGUCAUGCAGAAAAAUUCUGUUUGGAUUGUGUUUCAUGGUUUGGAUACAAUUGCGGAAAUAUUUCUCAAUAAUUUCAGCCUCGGUAAAGCCAAUAACAUGUUUGUUCGUUAUCGUUUCGAUGUCAAAAAUCAUCUGAAGACUGGUGACAACACUCUGGAGGUGAAAUUCGCGUCACCAAUUCGAGCCGCUCUGGACUUGAGCUCCCAUUCCAACUACUCGAUUCCGCCCGAAUGUCCCGAUGCUGUGCAGAGUGGUGAAUGUCACAUUAACUUCUUGAGGAAAAUGCAAGCGUCGUUCUCAUGGGACUGGGGUCCCGCUUUUCCAUCCGUUGGAAUAUGGAAAAGUGUGGAAGUGGAAGCCUUCAAUUCGGCGUUGAUCAGAUCGACAAGUAUAUCGACUACAAACACGAGCAGUGGCUGGGUGGUUUCGGGUAGGGUGCAUUUAGACGGCGCACCCGGGGCAGACAUGAGGGGCACGGCUGAUGUCAGCCUGUCUGGGCUCACCCCAUCCGUCAGCUCACACGUUCCCGUUCAUGUUGUGUUUGACGCCAAUGGUUAUGCGUUCUUCGAUUUCAAUCCUCUACACGUUCAACGGGAUUUAGUGAAGCUAUGGUGGCCGAAUGGUUAUGGUGAUCAGAAUCUGUAUCUACUGAAUGUCACUCUCAAUGCUAAUAAUGAGGCCAACUCCAUGCUUACACGGUUCGGGUUUAGAACAGCCCGACUCGUUCAGGAUCCAAUUGACAAACAACGUUAUUCGAAAGGGUUGACUUUUUAUUUUGAGAUCAAUGGCAUCAAAAUAUUUGCGAAAGGCAGUAAUUAUAUACCAGCUCACAUAUUGCCGGAACUGAGCAGUGAUGAGGCCACUUUGAGAAAUCUGCUUGGAGCUGCGAAAGACACUCACAUGAAUAUGUUGAGAGUUUGGGGUGGUGGAUUGUACGAAUCCGAACUGUUCUACAAGCUUUGCGAUGAAAUGGGUAUCAUGAUUUGGCAAGACAUGAUGUUUGCUUGUGCAAUGUAUCCAACAAAUGACGAGUUCAUAAAUUCGGUUUCAACUGAGAUAGUUCAACAAGUUCGUAGACUUCAAAGCCAUCCAAGUAUUGUUGUUUGGGCUGGAAACAAUGAGAAUGAGGCCGCUUUGACUGGAAAUUGGUACCACACUCUGAAAGGGAGAAAACGGUAUUCUCUGGAUUACGUUGAACUUUACGUGAGAACAAUUAAGCGGUUAGUGGAAGAAAAUGAUGGCACUCGAUCAUAUGUUGUUUCAAGCCCUUCAAAUGGAUUGGAAUCAGAGAGAGAAGGGUACUUGUCCAACAAUCCUUACAAUCCUUUGUAUGGAGAUGUACACGUCUACAACUACUUAGCUGAUAAUUGGGACAUAACCAAUGUCGGUCCUACAAGAUUCAGUUCAGAAUAUGGCAUCCAAUCAUUGCCCUCGUAUACAACUCUGAAGCAAGUCAUACCUGAACAUGAUUUGAUUCCAUUCUCAAAGCUCAUCAAUAGUAGACAACAUCACCGAGCUGGCUAUGUUCAGAUAGAAGAAGAAAUCAACAUGAAUUUGCCAAAUUUCAAUAGAUCUGAUAUUCAUCAGUGGAUCUACUUUAGCCAGAUCAAUCAAGCUAUGUCGAUGAAAACGUUAACUGAGAGAUAUCGACAAAUGCGUGACUCAGUGGACAGCAACGGCUAUGGCUUGACAAUGGGAGCGCUCUACUGGCAACUGAACGAUGUUUGGCAAGCACCCUCGUGGUCAUCUCUAGAAUUCGGUGGCAAAUGGAAAAUGCUGCACUACUUUGCCGAGAAAUUCUUCUCGCCGAUACUUGUAUCGCCGUGGAUUGAGUACGACGAUCGAGUGAAGGCCAUGGUGAUAUCUGAUCGACAUCAGCUGCCUCCUCUGCAAGUGCAACUGCUGGUUGUCGUCUACCGGUGGGACCAAUUCAGUCCAGUCAACACGUUUGUCACCAAAGCAACUAUUGUAUGUAUAAUUUCAAUACGUUCUAAAUUCGGUGGCAAAUGGAAAAUGCUGCACUACUUUGCCGAGAAAUUCUUCUCGCCGAUACUUGUAUCGCCGUGGAUUGAGUACGACGAUCGAGUGAAGGCCAUGGUGAUAUCUGAUCGACAUCAGCUGCCUCCUCUGCAAGUGCAACUGCUAGUUGUCGUCUACCGGUGGGACCAGUUUAAUCCAGUCAACACGUUUGUCACCAAAGCAACUAUUAAAUUAUUGUUCAAAUUCACUUUUCAGGUGAAAAACAUCAGACCACAUUCAGAUUCUUCAUCGCAAUUUGAGAUAACUAUAACUAGCGAUCAGAUAGCCCUUUUUGUGUGGCUCGACGCAGGAACUAUCAAAGGACGAUUUUCCGAUAAUGGCUUCCAAAUGACAUCAAGGGAGAAGAAAGUGACAUUCAUGUCUUGGCAGCCUUUAUCUGAAAACGAACUGGCCAAGGUUCUCACUAUUUCCACUGUGAAAGGCCACCAAUUAAUCACCGGUAACGAUGCUACGUCUUCGAAUGCAGGCACUGAUCUUCCAGCACAUCUGGUUGCGCCCUCCAAAGCUAGUAUUUUAAGUGGAAUUAGUGUAAUAGUAUUAUUCAUUCUGAAUAUCGUACUGUAAUUUCCUUCAUUUCAGUUUUCUGUGUUACCCUUCAUGGCUGUGCUCUACACUACUUAACUCUUUGAUGAUAUAAUUUACACGUGAAAAUUUACUUUUGAUGUAGUUUUGUUUUAUUAAUGUAGUUAUUGUUGUUGUUGGACUAACUUUUGUUACAGUUUAGUGAUAUACAUUAUUUAAUAGUCUUUUUUGUUGUUGCUUUAACUUUUGUUUGUUAGUUUAUAGUUUGGUGGUAUAGAAAAUUGAUUUAUCAAUAAAGUACAUUUUUGUUGUUUG